UAUCCAAAGACUUGGGUCACGUGAUUAUUUGGCAAAAAGAGAAAAAAUAAAUCUAUUCACUUCAUUUACACAGUGAACAGUUAGCAAUUUUUCUAUAUAUAAUGAAAUGUCAUUUCUUGUUUUUAAUUAAAGACAGAAGAAGCUCUUAAAUAACAUUCAAGUUAAGACAGUUGAACGGGAAAUAUUUCAAUAAAAUGCGUGGGCUUCCUCUCAUUCUCUCCUAAAGCUGUCCUUCUACCUCUCUUUCUCUCUGUCUUUUCCAUUUUUACUCUUUCUCUAUGCUUGAUUAAUUAUAAUCAGGAAAUUGUAUACGGACUAUUUCGAUAUAGAAGUAAACUAAUUUACUUAAAAGAUAUACGAAACGCUAGUUAUAAGGCGCUAAAGAGAAAGCCGGCGAAUAGCUGGAAACACUAGUCUAAGGAAAAUGCAGGCCUACUUUACGUAUACUGCAUAUCCGAUUAAUCUAUUUGAAGUUCAAUACACGGUUCUCCUGUUAAUAAAUCGUUGUCGUAUGACGAAAUGAGUAAGGAUUAUUACGUAAAUAUUGCUAUUUCAACUGUAUAGGCGGUUGCUAGACGUUUGAAAAUAGAUGUGAGGAGAAAGAUAGAUUUUCUAAAGAAAAAGAUUGCAGAGAAAAUAGAAUAGGCUAUUUUUCAUACUUGUUAGUUCAGUCACGAAAAGCUUAUUUACACAUUUCAACUAUGGGGCGUUAAAAUGAAUGAUUUUCUAUCACCACAAGACAAAUUGAAACAUUCUACGAGUGUUUAUACAUACAAAGAAGAGAGAUUUAUAAUAUUUUGUUUAAUUAACAGACCACCGGAAAUUGUACAUUUGGACAGGGAUCCUCCCAGCGAUGGCUAUUGCGAACCGUAUAGGGGAGAAACUUGUUCAGAAUAUCUUGGGGAUAAAAUGGUAUUUGUCGGCAGCAAAUCGACCCAAUCACAAAUCGAAAGUAAACUGAUGGAGAUCAAUUCCCGGAGCCUGCCAUUUCUUAAUGAAUUGGGCGAAACCUGUAAGAGUUAUCUCAAGCGAGUCUUGUGCCUUACUCGUUACACAUCCUGCUCAUCCAACUCUCAGCCGAGAUUGUUAUGUAAAUCCGAAUGCGAAUGGGUUAAGCGCCAGUUCUGUUCUCGGGAAUAUGAUCAGUACUCUCACCAACUACCGUCGUGCGAAGGACUGCCAGAUAACCGUCUUUGUGUAAAAUUACCCACAUCAAAUUAUAACUACGAACCGUCCUGCUACAAGGACAAUGGCAGUUCAUAUAAAGGAUUUGUUAGUCGGACAAUUUCUGGCAAGGUCUGUAAAAAGUGGACUGGGAAGUCUUACAAGGAUUACGCAGGUCAUAAUUAUUGCCGAAAUCCUAAUGGCCAAUACGAUGCCCCCUGGUGUUAUAGAGAGGCAUCUCCUGGUGGGAUAAUAGUUGAAAAAUGCGAUAUCAAAAGAUGCUCCGACUCAGGAGAAGAACAGAAGAGCUUCAAUACUCUAAUGGUGAUAUUAGUGCCAUCUAUAGCUGUCGUCUUCUUCCUUACCUUUGGCCUUAUUUGCAUUUGCUGGUGCCGAAAGCGACGUUUCAAUUCGUGGAGUGGAACCCCUCUGAAAGCAGUCGAAAUACGUCAACAUCAACACGCGUUAGAUAGACAUAGUAACUUACCGAAUAUACCUCAUUUUCCUUUGAACUCAAUUAUCUUCCUCCAUGAACUGGGUGAGGGAGCUUUUGGAAAAGUCUACAAGGGGGAAUUGUCAUAUACAGGACAGACUGUGGCAAUUAAAACGCUCAAACAGUACGACGGGCCGAAUAAUGGGCUCAUUAGUGAAUUCGAGAGGGAAGCUCGUCUUCUACGUGAUCUCAAACAUCCUUGCGUUGUCAGCCUCAUUGGGGUUUCUGUUCGCCAACAGCCAUGGUGUAUGCUAUUCGAGUAUAUGACACAGGGCGACCUUCACGAACUACUAGUUCUUCACUCAAUUAAUGGAAGAUUGGCCGGUGAGCCUCUCUCUAACAGGGAUUUGACAACUGUUGCUAUUCAAAUCGCCUCUGGGAUGGCUUAUUUAUCAGACAGGCGGUUUGUUCAUAGAGAUUUAGCUGCUCGUAAUGUGCUUUUGACGGAGGGUCUCAAUGUGAAAAUAUCAGAUUUUGGCCUAGCCAGAAACAUUUACUCCUGCGAUUACUACAGGGUGCAAAAUUCAUCUAUGUUGCCUAUAAGAUGGAUGGCACCCGAAAGCAUUAUGUAUGGUAAAUUUACGACUUUCUCAGAUAUUUGGAGCUUUGGCGUUCUUCUCUGGGAAAUGUGGAAUCAGGGUAUUCAACCUUAUGCAGGUUGCUCAAAUGCAGAGGUCAUGGAAAAGAUUCAACUUCGUCAUAUUCUUGGACCAUCACCAGACACUCCACAAAUCAUUUCAACUUUGAUGAUUGACUGUUGGAACGAAUCACCUACCAGAAGACCGAGUUUCCUAUGUUUACUAAACGAGCUGACAAAAUUUGCCGAUCGUCUUGCAGAACUAUCUCACAGCUCUAAUCAAGGUUCAAAUCAUAGUUCUACAGGUACUACUCAACUAUCAAGUAGCAUUGGGGCCAACUCAUACGGUAGAUUUAAACCAUCGUCCCCUCCAGCUAGUGUAAAAUCUCACAAUUCUUCAUCUAUCGUCAAGCUAGGAAGUAUCGGGGGUAUGUUUGAUUCCAGAUCGCACUUCUCAGCUCCCAUAGCUCAUGUCUGA